ACCCGCUACCCCCGGGUGCCCAUUAUGGCCCUCACCGCCACCGCCACGGAGCAGGUCAAGCAGGACAUCCUGCGCAAACUAGCCAUUGAGCGCACGGCAACCGUCUUCAAGACCAGCUUCCACCGCCCCAACCUCGACUUCCUGGUGUACGACAAGCCGGUGGGUCGUAUGGCGGACGGCAAGCCCGCGGACAUGGAGAUGCUGGUGGCGCACAUCAUGCAGAAGGGGGCGGACACCUCGGGCAUCGUGUACUGCCUGUCGCGGGACGACUGCGAGGACGUGGCGCGCUACCUGAACAACAACGACAUCCGCGCCGCGCACUACCACGCGGGCAUGACGCCCAAGCAGCGCACGCAGGUGCAGAACAGGUGGCGUGACGGCGAGGUGGCGGUCGUGGUGGCCACCAUUGCGUUCGGCAUGGGUGAGUGUGGC